CUACCUUCAGUGUCGUCGUGUUCAGCUCUAAAAGAUAGGUACUUAUCUCGAGGGCUUAUCUAGUGUCUUAUGAUCAUGUACAAUUAAAAUGGACCCCGCCCCGGGGUUACUAUCUUGUAGCAAGUGAGAAAAUGAAUAAGAAAAGGGGGGAGGGGAAAUGGCAGAUUUCGUCAGUCUGAUCUACGUUUCACUUUAUUAUUGAGUUCCCCGGAAUCAUUUUUGCUAGACGCAAAUCAAAAUGGCUUCAGUUCUGGUCAAACUUGUCACCUUGGUUGCCAUGGUGAUGGUCAGUGAGAGUGGGCCGACCUUCCCUUGGGUCAACGAGUAUGACGGACAGAUGGAUUUCAAAUGUCCUGACAAGCAGAUCAUAAUGUAUCUGUCCAGUAUCCAUGACGACCAGCGAGAAGAUAGAAUUUGGGAAAUGUUAUGUCGCACUGCUGAGUUUGGAGACUAUUGCGUCCAGUCAGAUUAUGUGAAUAACUUUGAUCAGACCUUUAACUACACAUGUCCAGGGAACAAAGUUCUGACAGGCAUCUCCAGUUAUCAUUACGACAGCUACGAGGACCGACGCUUCCGUUUUACCUGCUGCAGAGCCUCUAAAAGAUGGUUGUCCGAAUGUUACACGACCGACUUCGUGAACGAGUGGGACCUGAAGCUGACCCUUUUUGUUCCAGAAGGCCAGGCCAUUAAGUCCAUAUAUUCCAUAAACGAUGAUACCAGAAGUGAUCGUCGCUUUAAAUUUGUGCUGUGCAACUUGUAAUAUGGUUUUAAAAUUGAGACGCCACAUCUGGACAUCGCUUUAGUUUUGCUAGCUUUGACUAUGAAUAUAUCGUUUGGCGGAAGUGACAUCCAGUCUCAUCGGUGUAUAACAUUAACAUAAGCAUUUAAGAGAAAUAAUUUUCUCGAUUAUAUUACACACAUAGACAUAAAUCUAUAUAGACUGGAAAAAGGAAAUAACUUCAUGUAACUUGAAAACACGUAUAUCUAUUAUUGUCGGAUUUCCGAAUUCUGAAAAGUUGCAUGAUCUUCAGUCUUAGAGAUUAAACAAGACUACACUGCUGUAUAAUAAAGUACACACAAUUGCAAGUCACAAAUUUUCGUUUCAUAAAACUCUUUUAUCGGCCAGUUUCUAUUUAUUUAUGUCUAUGAUUACACAUGAAAAUAUAUUUUAUUUUAGACAAAUAUUGAAAUGGAAAAAAAAAGGACAAAAAAACAACAAUGAUAAUUAAAG